UUCAUACAAUUUUUAUUUUCAACAUUAAUUUAGUUCUACUCUUCUUUGUAGGUAGAAGAUGUCUGCAACGUGGAUUGACAUAUUACUUCUUGUAGCGAUAGUUGCCCAAACGCAAAGUUCUGUCGGAAGCAUCCAGGCUCCAACAGCCUUUACAAAAGGACAGACAAUAGACGUACAUGUGUCAAACGGUGAAAACAUUCUCUAUAAUAAAAGGAUAACUGAGAUCGGAGCCAGCUUUGAUUCGGAAGGAUCCUUUGUCUGCCAGACUCCCGGUCUAUAUGCGUUUACAUUUUAUGGACUCACUGCAGAGGACUCUAGACUUUGGCUGGAAAUGAUGAAAACUGACGAAUUAAUAGCUUCAAUCUUUGGUCAUACCAAAAAUGAUUAUGCAGACUCUGGAAAUGCAGCAAUAGUACAUUUAAAUACCGGCGACAAGGUGUAUGUGAAAGCCCACAAUAAUUAUAACCAUGCACUGUUUGGACGGGCGGAUCAGAUUUACACCACAAUAACUGGGGAACUUUUAUUUGCUGACAAUAUAGAACUAGAUGUGGAGAACUUCUAUGGUCCUGUAGGAUUACUCUCAGCAAUCCUGACCAAACACGCUUCUGUAAGUGAUGGAUUAGCUUUAAUUUACGACAAAUCCAUCACAAAUAUCAGGAGUGCCUGCAACACCACAACUGGAACAAUUACUGCCCCCGUUGAGGGAACAUACUUGUUUCACUUCCAUGCACUGGCUUAUGAAAAUACUGAUUUCUGGCUUGAGCUGUUCCACAAUGAAAAUUAUGUUAUCUCAUCUUAUGGAUAUACUGAGGGAUCUUACGCUGACGCAGGCAACACUGCUGUUCUCCAUCUUAAAAAAGGAGACAUAGUAAAAACCAAUUCCAGGCCUGGCAGAACUGCCAGGCUGUAUGGAGCCUCUAAUGAAUUGUACACCACAUUCUGUGGAGCGCUUCUGUCACCAACUGUUAAAAAAAUCAGUGGUCAUGGAACACAAGAGGUAAUAGCUUUCUCCGCCGGACCUACCCAACACGAGACUUUCCUCCGAUUCAUC